AUGGCGACAGCAAAACCACGGAUCUGCCACAUCUGCCGCGCCAUCACAUCUUCAAGGAGCUUGUGCCACUCGUGCGGUCACGCCCUAUGUCCGACAUGCAUCUGCGAGAUCCCCAAAGACGCCGCAGACACUCAGAAAAACUUUGUCGCCAUUGACUACGCGCACCCGGCCAUGGAGGGCGGAGUUGAAUAUACAAGCCGCGACAGGACGCCACCUGACGAACCCACUGCUGUCGAAUAUGCCUCUACAGAGCGUUCUAUACUCGCCAACACUGAGGAUAUUGAGUCACAAAUCCCGGCGGGUGGUAGUGAACGCCUGGCGCCAAAGUUCUAUUUCUUACCUUGGUUCAACUCCAAGAAACAGCUUGGCGGCAGCCUUUCCAACAACCCGUUUAUCCUGGCUGACCAAAGGAAGGUUCGACCAUCGGCGCAGGUCCAGUCGAAGCCUGGCAUGAACGAGCGCGCCGCGAUGUCCGAGUUGCGGCACAUAUCGAAAUGGCAUGGCACCGACGCCGAACCGCGGGCGGAACCGCUGCGCAAGUACCAGCAUAAGCACAACGAGGAGCAUAAAGCUGAGAGUGAUGAUAAGGGGCGGAGGUCGUUUAUUUUCGAAGCGACUGAGAUUCGAUCUAAGCUCCCAUCGCCGUUCUAUCCCAUGGCACCUACACAGACGAUGAAGCCGCGGCAUGAGGAAUGGGAAUACAUUCAGGGCAUCGGUGAUGAAAACACAGCUGGCAGCAGUGGCAUAGCUCCGGAGCCUGGUGUCAACAGGAGACCAGACAGUGAGCAGUCCCGGGAGAUGCUGCUCAGAAAGACCUCGCGAGGGUUCGUACCUGUUGAUUCCAGGUCACAGUCAUACUGUAGUGUUGACGAACAACCGAUUUUGAAGGCGGAAGAAGCCAUGGCGAUUCACACGCCGGGAAGUGAGAUGUUACUGACAGAGAAGGCUGGUAAACUUGCCGGAGCUGCCAACGUCAUGUCCAUUAUCGAAGGUAACACUGCCCUCGAGUGGCUUCAGAGUGGAGAUGAUUAUAUAACAGAUCCCUCGACGGUUAGGAGCUUCACCACAGCCUUCCAGACCCAUCCCGAUCCUAAAUUUCUGGUAAAGCGCCAUAGUCCCGCGUCGUCUGAAACCGGAACCCGUCGCGAGGUAGACAGCAUCAGUAUGCGGAGAAAGUCCAAGGGCCCGAGCCACCCGGACACUUCUUUUGUACCUUCUAUUGGCGUCCGUGGCCGUCAGGAUACGCAGGCAACUAUUCGAUUCGCCGGUAAAGGCAAAGGCAAAGAUGGGUUCGAGAGCUAUGGCGCCGAGCCGUCCUUGGUGAGCGCCCAGAUGGGUCGCAAGCAGCAUCUCCAGCAGGCGCGGGAACAAAUCAAUGCGCUGGGCCGGAGCUUCCAAGAACUCCAACAGGCAAUUCAACUGCGGGACAAAGAGGAGUCGGGAGGUUUUAAUGAGAUUUCGGACGAGAGUGGACGACGGACCUCGGAACAGAUGCUUGAGAGGGGGCGGCUAACUCCUGCUGCAUUGUACUCUCAUUUUGGUCGAGGCAGACAAGUUUUAACUGAUGAGAUUGAGCCAGAGGAGCGGAUUGCUGUAGUCAAGAAUGGCAUUGAGGAAGCCAGAUUUGAGGAGCAGCUUGAGGCGACUCACCAACAGCAGCAACAUCACAUUAUGGACAAGGCGACAGCGUUGGGACAGGAGGCAGAUGAUGCUUACUACGAUAACAACCACGAGUGCAUCUGGAAGUCACGCUACCUGGCGCUCAGGACCGAGAUGCACCAGCUGCGGGAGAUGAUGUCAGAGAGGCAGUCCCUGUCGUCCAGUUCGGCCAAGGCUGUCGCCAGCGGGAUUGAGGAUACGGAUAGUAACUUUGGGUUGGAGGGUCUGACCAUUGUCAUGCACUUGAAAGGGAAAGAUGACCUGGUUAUCAAAACAGACCUAAGGGAGAGAUGA